AUGGUGAAAGUAACUUUACGGGGUCGCCAGCUAGUAGGAGGGCUUUAUGGAGCAGAAAAACGACAAAGCGAGAAAAAUUAUUUUCCACUCCAGAAAUUAAUGAUCAUGAGCUCUUAUUUGAUGGACUCUAACUACAUCGAUCCGAAAUUUCCUCCAUGCGAGGAAUAUUCGCAAAAUAAUUACAUCCCAGACCACAGUCCGGAAUAUUAUAGCCGGACGAGGGAGUCCAGCUACCAGCAUCACCACCCGGAGCUGUACCCCGUGCCACGACCCUCCUUCCCCGACCGCCCCUUCAGCUGCGGGGGUCUCCAAGCUCCCGGCAACCCGGCCGCGCUCCAAAGGGGACACGGGCAAACUCCAGGAGGCCAACACCUCUCAGAGAAAGCACAGCAGCUCUGCGAGCAGGCUGCUCUAUCCACCUCCUCCACCACUCCUUCCCCAGCCCCUCGAGCCUGCAACCAGCCAAAUCCCGACCAUCCCACCAGCACAGCUUCCAAACAGCCCAUAGUCUAUCCCUGGAUGAAAAAAAUCCACGUCAGUACUG